UCUUUUACCUGAUUUAAUCAGUUAAUCAUCGAUUUAUAGUUUUUUUUCUUGCUGAUAAGGUGAAAAUUCUUGGAAAGCUGUGCGAAAACGUUAUCAAAAAAAAGAUGAUUUUCUACCUUUGUUAUUGAUUAGCCAAGGACAUCAAGUUCACUUUUCUCCACUUCUUCAACCAAAUUGUUCACAAUCAACUUUAAUUCCUCUGGUAUCUUCACCAUAACAAGUUACAAAUCACAAAGAUAGUGAGUCAAUCAAAAUGGAUGAUGAUCAUUUGGAAGACCCUGAAUUUUUGGAGAUUAUAAAUAUCGACACUCAACCAUAUCAAGAUCAAAAGCCUGGUACUAGUGGACUUCGUAAACCAACCCGAUUUUUUGUCGAGAAAGUUAAUUACUCUUAUAAUUUUAUCCAUUCUAUCGUUAGUUGCAUCGAGGGUAGAGACUUGAUUAUCGUCGGUGGUGAUGGUCGGUGUCAUACACCUUAUUGUGCUCUUGCAAUCGCAAGAAUCUGUGCUGGUCACGGAUUCAAAAAGAUCAUCGCUGGACAAAAUGCCAUUUUAUCAACACCCGCUGUCUCCAAUUUAAUUAGGAAAUACAAAGCUAACGGUGGAUUCAUUUUAACUGCUAGUCACAAUCCCGGUGGAAUCGACGCUGAUUUCGGUAUCAAAUACAAUGUUUCCAACGGUGGACCAGCACCCGAAGCAUUCACUGAUAAAGUGUUCAGCUUAACUAAGACCAUUGAUAAAUUCAGAAUUUGUCCUGCAUUGUCACCCGAAUGGGAGCAAAUUGGAACCACCGAAUUCAAAACAGAGGCUGGUUUGGUUACCGUCGAGGUUAUUGAUUCGGUUAAUGAUUACUUGGAAUUGAUGAAAAGUAUUUUCGAUUUUCCCAAGAUUAAAACUCUUCUUGACAAACCAAAUUUCAAGAUUCGAAUCGAUUCGCUUAACGGGGUCAUGGGUCCAUAUUCAAGACGAAUCUUUGUCGAUGAGCUUGGAUGUUCAUCUGAUUCGGUUGUUAAUGAUAUUCCUUUGAUUGAUUUCGGAGGAAAACAUCCUGAUCCUAAUUUAACUUAUGCCUCGGAACUUGUUGAUGCCAUGAAAACGGGAGAUUAUUCAUUCGGUGCAGCAUUUGAUGGUGAUGGUGAUCGAAACAUGAUCCUUGGUGCUAAAGGAUUUUUCGUCUGCCCCUCAGAUUCAUUAGCUGUCAUCGGCGCUAAUCUAAAUUCUAUCCCUUAUUUUGUCAAAUCGGGAGUUAAAGGAUUCGCCCGUUCAAUGCCAACCGCUGGUGCGAUUGAUAUUGUCGCUUCCAAAGCUGGUCUACCCUGUUACGAAACACCAACCGGGUGGAAAUUUUUUGGUAACCUUAUGGAUGCUGGACUUUGUUCACUUUGUGGUGAGGAAAGUUUCGGAACGGGCUCAGAUCAUAUUCGUGAAAAAGAUGGAUGUUGGGCUGUACUUGCAUGGUUGUCAAUUCUUGCCGAGAAAAACCAAUCGGUCGAAGAGGUUGUCACCGAACACUGGAAAACUUAUGGUCGAAAUUUUUUCACUCGAUAUGAUUACGAAAAUUGUGACGCUAAAAAGUGUAACGAAAUGAUGAGUCGACUUGAAGAGUUGAUUGCUGAUAAAUCACUGAUCGGACAAUCAUAUGGUACUUAUAAAAUUAAACUCGCUGAUAAUUUUGAAUACAAAGAUCCCGUUGAUGGUAGUAUCACCUCGAAUCAAGGAAUACGGAUUAUCUUUGAUGAUGGAUCACGAAUUAUCGUCCGUCUUUCGGGUACUGGUGUUCAAGGAGCAACAGUUCGUGUUUACGUUGAUUGUUACAUUGAUGAUGCAACUAAAUUAACUGAAAAUGCAGCGGUUGUCUUACAACCAUUAAUUUCAAUCGCUCUUGAACUAUUUGAUAUCGAGAAAUAUACUGGACGAACAGCACCAACAGUAAUUACUUAAUCAUCUAAAUUAAUAUAUAUAUCACUAUAAAUGAUUUGAAUCAGUUCUUGUUUUAACAACUUUCAAAACUAAUCAACUUGCCAUCACUUAAUUAUAAAUUUGUCGUAACAAUUGUAUUAACAUCUCAAUGUUUUAGAAAAUAAAUAAUUUAAAUCUUAAA